AUGGCUUCUCGCAUUACCGUUGAUCAGGUCGCUGCUCAGAGCUCCUCUUCGCCAGAGACCUCGAUUACACAACAGGCCUUUGUUCCACAGCAGGCUCCAGUAUCACCGCAGGCUUCAGUAGCACAGCAAGUCCCUGUGCCACAAGCAAACCCAGUGCCACAAGCUCUACUCGGUGGUUUGUCCACCUACGAGCGAAGCGAGUAG